GCCCCUCAGCGGCGAUCGCCGCCGAUCGCCUCCUUCCCUUUUCCUCCUGUUCCUCCCAGAGCGCCUCGCUAUGUAUCACCCUUCUCUUCUGAUCGCGCGCUAACUCCUAUUCAUCCUUCAAAACCCAUCGCUGAUGUAUCUUGCUUGAACCUUUCAUCAGCAUGUAGCCUUUGGAGCAGGAUGCGUGCUCUGUUUAAUUUUCGAUCAGACCCAGCAUAGGACUUGACACAGCGUAGGUGAUCAGGAAAUGUUUGUCAAAUGACAUCCUUUUCCUUCCCCUGCACCUCCGUCCAUCAGCUUUAAAUUCCCAAAUACUUAUAGACUUUUUUCUUUUGGUUCCCCCCUGGGAUUCUCCCUUUUGGUUUAUUUUUUUUGUCUUGUUUUUCUGAGACACAGUCUCUUUGUAGCCCAGGCUGGCCAUGAAUGCCUGGCAAUCCUCCUGCCUCAGCCUCCCAAUCCCUGGGAUCACGGGUGUGAGCCACCACACCUGGCUUUCUCGCUUGGUUCAGUCUUGUAUUUUAGGAGUCAGAAGGCAGAAAGGCCGUCACCCUAAGUUGCUGUUGUCCUGGGCUUUUCCAGUUUGGUGCUUUCCUGAUAUCGCGGGACUCCCCUCCUCUCAUCUUCGGGGUGGUUCACCCAGAUGUCUUCUCUCAAAUCUGACCGCCUCAGCCUCCCUAUUGAAACUGCAAGCCCUGGCCCAGCUGCCCCAAACUCUCCCAUAUUUUUCUCCUUUCAUUCUCCUAUUGCCUGACAUCCCCCAGCUCCCUGGAUUUGGGGUCCAGGCUUCCCUAGAAUUGUGGGCGCGGGGUACCGCUACUGUCUUGGUCUCUGUACGUUUCUGGUGCCGAGUGUGGGGCGUGGUGUGUAGUCAGUGCAUCCCUAAUGUUUGUUGAUGAGUAACAAAAUGUACACGGAGUGCAAUGUAUCAGGAACUGUGCUGUCCACUCUUUAAGGCCUGGACCUGGCCUUGUCAGGGAGCAGAGUUGAAAACGGUCCACAUCACUCUCUGCUUGUGGUUUAGGCUGCCAUGGGUGGCAGGGUGGUGGGAAUCUACCUUCCUGCCUGUGAGUGGACGCCCGCCAUGGUUCCUUUUGGCAGGAAGGGGCAGGACUCAGCAGAGUGGAGGUCAGGUGUGGCUCUGUCAGUCUGUAAGGAGCUCCCAUGCUGCGGGGUUCCUUGUGAGGCAGGCUGGCUGGCUUUAGAAGUUUUUACUUUUUAAUAAUAAUAAUAAUAAUGUUUUCUUAAGAAAGGAUCUUGCUAGGUAGCCCAGGCUGGCUUCGAACUUGCUGUGAUCCUCCUGCCUCAACCUCCUGAGUGCUGGGAUGACAGGUGUGAGCCACCGUGCUCCACCCUGACUUCAGCUGUGCACACUUUUCCUUGCAUGGAUUAGGCUGCGGGUGAGCGCAGCGCUCUUGCGGGAGGCCAAGCACUCAGUGCCCACCUGCGCACUCUGGGCCCCCUGGGGCUCAGGACCUGGUCCUGCCUGGGCUGGCUGUCAGCUCCACCAUGCCCCCUGCUGGCCCUGCACCCUGAAGUCUUGCACUGUCCAUUAAAACCCGGUUCACCUCCAGACCCAGCUCCUCCCCGGGAACGGGGAACGGGGACAGGGAACUGGCGGGUGAUGACCCUGACCCAUUGCAGUUUCCGGUGGCACCUGCUUCCUGUCGGGAGCCCAGUCCGGCUCCUUUGUGGCUAAGGAACAGCACUGCGGGCCCCGUGGACAGGGACUGCUGUGGGCAAGUGCACCUGGCUGGCCUCGAGGUCUGCAGUGGGGCUGUCUAGGGGGGAUCUGAGCAGGGUUAAAGUGGUGGCCACAUGGUCUGUGCUGGCCUUCCUGGGCAUCACGCCUGCCCUGCCUUCCUCUCCCCCAUCCUGCUCUCCUGCUUUGGUGCCAGAGGUUGAACCCAGGCCUCGGCCAGGCAGGCAGGUGCUUUAACGCUAGGCUACAUCCUUGGCCCUUUACAAUUUACUUGGAUAAAACCGGUGAGCCAGGCCUGGUGGUGUACAGCUGUGAUUCCAGCACUUGGGAGGCUGAGGCAGGAGGACUGCUGCAAGUUCAAGCCAGCCUGCGUAGUGAAUUUAUCCUGUCAAAAAAGAAAAAGAAAAAAAGAAAAAGUUUUAUUUUGAGGCAGGGUUUGGCUGCCUUGUUUUGCGAAUUUGAAGUCCUUUUGGAUAGCUGGGAUCACGUGGGAUUACUGCUAUGUUCAGCUAGCUAGGUCGUUUGUUAGAUCCUUCGUUAAAAAACGUUUUAUAAAAAUUUUUAUUUUUGGGCUGGGGAUUUAGCUCAGCGUCAUAAGCACACGUCUGGCAAUGCUAGGUCAUGAGUUCGAUCCUCAGUACACACACACACACACAAAAAUCAGAAAGUUUCUUCCUGUAGGCCUUGACAGCUUUUUCAAGGCUUGUUUUCAGGUGUUUUGUAGUCUUCAUUUUUAAGAAGACAUCACUAUUAGCCUCGGCAGGGCAAGGGUGAUCAGUAGACUCACGGCGGUCCCAAGGAUAAGGGAGAUGAUCCUUUGUGUCUAAAAUUCCCAGACUGACUUUUCCCUAGUCCCUUCCCAAAUAAGGCACUAGGACAAUGGACCUAUCAAAAACUCAGUGACCUGGAGCCAGAUUUAAACUGCCCUAUCAAAAGACUUACUGCCAGUGAACUGAAAAUAGAAUUUUUCUGAUUGGAUCCAUAUGUCGAGCUCAGGAGCUGUGAAGUCUUUUUUGGGGAGGAGGUUUUGAAAAAAAAUCAUUUUAACUGAUUUCUCUCUCUCUUUUUUUUUUUUUUUUUACUGGUACCAGGGAUUGAACUCAGGACCAUGCGCUUGCAAGGCAGGCUCUUAUGCUGCUGAGCUAAAUCCCCAGCCCCAACUGACUUCUUUUUUGAGAUAGGGUCUCACUAUGUAUGUGGUCCCAGCAAUACUCCUGGAAGCCCCAUCUCUGAACAUGACUGCCUUAGAGUCCAAGCCAACAACACAUAAGCUCUGGGGGCCAGCUUUUUUUUUAUGUUAAAAUUGUUUAAAAUUCUUUCUUUUAGCUCUUUGAAAAAAAGCCCCUCUCCCUGGCGGUACUGGGAUUGAUCCCCGGGCCUUUGCAUUGAGCCCAUUAUAUUUAUUUUUUAUUUAUUUGUUUUUGAGCUGUGUAGUUCAGUCUGGCCUUGAACUCAUGGGGAUCCUCUUGCCUCAGCCUCUUGAGUGCUGGGAUUAUAGGCAUGUGCUAUUGUGUCUGGCUCUCAGCCUAUUUUACUUUAUUUUUUUGUUUUCUGAGGCAGGGACUUGCUGUGCCGUUCAGGCUGGCCUUGAGCUAUGUAGUCCACCUAGCUUUAAAUUUGCACUGAUCCUCCUGCCUCAGCCUCCUGAAUGCUGGGAUUAUAGUACUGGUGAUUGACUGAACACUCUACCGCUGGCCUAGUGUAUCUAGAGGUGUCACGAAGUUGCCCAGGGAGGCCUUGAACUGUAAUCCUCCUGCCUCGGCCUCCUGCACACUGCGUGCUGGGCUCACACCUGUGCAGGGCUGCUCGGCUCACACCUGCGCAGGCCGCUCCGCACUUUCCUGACUUGGACGUUCUUCGGUGCCAGGUGGUCUGCCCUGGAGGGCAGCGGGGCGCGGCCUGCCCCAUGGCCUCGCUGGUGGCUUACGAAGACUCGGACUCGGAGGCCGAGGCCGAGCCCGGAGCAGGUGGGCAGGCAGCCGGCCUGGUGGAGGACCGAGCGGCGGCGGCGGGGACGCGGUGCGCGGAGCCCGGGCAGCCCCGGCUGCCGCCCCCGGCCGGGCUGCCGCUGUCGGGCAGCGACCCGGGCCGCGGCCCCAGCGCGCGGCUGCGGUGGCCCGGCACGGAGCGCGCGGCCGCCUGGGCGCCCCCCCGGGCCUCGGCGCUGUGGGCCGGCUGCGCCCCGGCCCGGCCCGCGCCCCCGCCCCCGCCCGCGGCCCCCCGGAAGCGGCCCCCCGCCCCCCGGGACGCCCCCUGCUGGACGCGGGCCCAGGCCGGCGCCCCCGGCGGCAGCGGCGGCGCGGGGUUCCCGCGCGGGGGCCGCCGGAGCGAGGACUGCGUGGUCCCCUACACCCCCAAGAGGCUGAGGCCGCAGCAGGGCGCCCCGCCCGGCCAGGAGGCGCCCGGGCCCCCCGAGGGCAGCGCCCCGGCCCCGCUCCGCCUGCCCCCCGGCGUGUCCGAGGCCAUCCAGCCGCACCUGAACGGUCCGCGCAGGGAGACGCGGGUGCCCCGGACCGUGCUGCGCCACCUGCGGGGACACGAGGGCCCCGUCAACGGCAUCCAGUGGUGUCCGGUGCCGGCCCGCAGCCAGCUGCUGCUCUCCACCUCCAUGGACCGGACCUUCAAGGGCCUUGCUCUGCAGUUGAGGCUGAUCUCAAGCUCCUUUGUAGCCCAGGAUGGUCUCAAGCGUGCUACAGUCCUCCUGCCUCAGCCUCCUAGUGCUGGGAUCACAGGAGACAAUAUGGUAUUUACACACGUGUGGGACGCCGUGGACUCAGGGCGCUGCCUGCAGACCUACUCCGUGCACAGUGAGGCGGUGCGGGCGGCCCAGUGGUCUCCCUGUGGCCAGCGAAUCCUCAGCGGAGGCUUUGACUUCGGCCUACACCUGACGGACCUUGAAACAGGAACCCAGCUAUUUAGUGGUCGUAGUGACUUUAGAAUCACUACCUUGAAAUUUUACCCGAAAGACCACAACAUCUUUUUGUGUGGAGGCUUCAGCUCUGAAAUCAAGGCCUGGGACGUGAGGACUGGCAAGGUGGUGAGAGGCUACAAGGCCACCAUCCAGCAGACCCUGGACAUCCUCUUCCUGCAGGAGGGCUCCGAGUUCCUGAGCAGCACGGACGCUUCCACCCGGGACUCUGCAGACCGCACUAUCAUCGCCUGGGACUUUCGGACCUCAGCCAAGAUCUCCAACCAGAUUUUCCACGAGAGGUACACCUGCCCCAGCCUCGCCCUGCACCCACGGGAGCCUGUGUUCCUGGCGCAGACCAAUGGCAACUACCUGGCCCUCUUCUCCGCGGUGUGGCCCUACCGGAUGAGCAGACGGCGGCGCUACGAGGGCCACAAGGUGGAAGGCUACGCCGUGGGCUGUGAGUGCUCCCCCUGUGGUGACCUGCUGGUGACAGGCAGCUCGGACGGCCGGGUCCUGAUGUUCAGUUUCCGUACUGCCAGCCGGGCGUGUACGCUGCAGGGACACACGCAGGCCUGCGUGGGCGUCACCUACCACCCCAUCCUGCCCUCUGUGCUUGGCACCUGCUCCUGGGCGGGCGACAUCAAGAUCUGGCACUGACCCCAGCCCAGCCUGGCCCGGGAGGGCGCGUGUGGGAGCUGCCUGGAGAGAACUUUGGCUCGGCCCUCGGCCCUGGCUGCAUCAGCUUCUGCUUGGUCUCAGGGUGCUGAGGGUCACGUGAAUGAAAGCACCGGCCCGGUGCAGCCCUGUGAA